CGCAUAACGCGGAGUUCGCGACGGGCACUAAAACCCUACCAUCCCUCCGCUGCCUUAAGCCUCAGCCAUCGGCGACGAGCGAUGCUGCCCUUCUUUUCUCCGCUCUCCAACCAAAUCCAAGCUCGAGGGCAAGCUCCUCAUGUCGAUCCUUCUCUCCAACAGGCGGCCAUGUUCAACCAGUCCCAGUUCUCGACCCCUCCUGGGGUUAAUUUUGGCAUCCCCAACUCGAAUUUGAGCGGUUUCAGUGCGAGCAAUGCCGCCGCCGGCCUGCCGCCGCCCAUCCCGAUGGCUUCCGCUUCUAUCCUGGGCUGCCCCAAUGUGCUCCCUAUGAUGCAGAAUAAUCAAGCUGGAUUUUUUCCCCAUCAGAGUGCUCCAUUUGGCGGCGCCCCGCAAAAUAUGACCCAGCAGCUUCUGGGUUUGCAGUUGCUUGGGCAGUCUUGCGGCAUGCCGCAGAAUGUGCAGCAGUUCCAAGGACAGUUGCAGGGGUUGAAUAUUCUUGGGUCUCUUUUAGCAAAUAAUCUUCCACAGAAUUUCAAUUUUGUUGGCGGCUUACCUAAUGGUCAAAUGUGUUUGCCGACUAUGAUGACUCAAGGGAAUCAAUUUGGUGUUCUUAAUUCCCCUGCACAACCGUGUUUAGGCUCUAACCACCCUGAAAUUGUUGGGAAUUGCUCGGUACCCUCUAUUGGAAAUAAGAAUACAAGCUUCAGUAAAUCUGCGUUACCUACAGAACGGACUAAAAAUUCAGUCAGUCAUGAUGACAGGCAUGGACAUUUGUCAUCAAAGAAGUUGCAUCAACCGAUGUCACGCAGUCCUAUGAAAAACCAUCAUUCUAUGAAGCAUAAUCAACCAGAAGAUUUUCGGCCUCAGGUCUCCGGAGUUGGUGGAAAUGAUAACAGCCCUAGAAAUUCUCCUAGAAAUUUUCGAGGACGAGGGAAAACAGAGCAAAGAAGAUUCCAAAAACCACAUUUCCAGAAUGUCAAUGGUAGGAAGAGUAACAUGAGGAGAUUUAAUGGAGCAGGUGGAAGAGGGCAGAAGAACUGGAGAGAAGGAGAACCUCAAGUUUCUGAGUUUAGCAAACCAUUUUUGGCAGAAAACAGAAGGCGCCUUCCUCUAAGCUACAAUGAAACUGAAAUCCAUCAAUGGAUAGAAGCUCGGAAAAAGAAUUACCCCUCCAAAGCCAAUGUCGAGAAGAAAUUAGCUCAAUCUGGUAAUGAAGGUGCCGAAGAUGAUGUCAAAUUACGACGUGAACAACUAAAGGAGGUUCUAGCCAAACAGGCAGAAUUGGGCGUCGAAGUCGCCGAGAUACCUCCAGGCUAUCUAUCUGAUUCAGAGAAGCAACCUUUGCGAGAGGGGAAUGAUUUGAGAGCAUGCCAUACACCUGACCAUUUUCCAAAUAAACACAACCACAAGAGGAGCAGGCAUAAUCAAGAUAGGUGGAAAACAAAAAGGCCAAAGUUCCGGAACGACUCAUCUGGUACUUCUGUUCCAUUUGUGAAGAGAAGGGAGCAAACUCUUCUGCGGAAGCUUUUGAGCACGGAUAUCAAAAGAGACAAUUGCAGGCUCCUGCAAAUACUCCGGUUCACCGUCCUAAAUUCAUUCUUUGAUCACUUGCCAGAAAAGCCAUUGGAGUUUCCAUCGAUCACAGUAAAAGACAUGCAAUGUGAGAGUGGAACUGCAUCUGAGAAGCCAUCCGAUCCGACUUGCUCAGGCACGAUGAAGUUUGGUGAUGGGAAGAGCUCGUUGGUCAAGGAAGUUGAAGGCACAAAGGCAACUUGGAAUGCAGAUGAUGCUGGAAGUGCGAGUGAAAGUGAGCCGAACUACAGCAACAACAGUGAAAUGGAUUGCAGCAUGAUCACUGAAGAGCAUGCUUGAAUAAGAAACUCUGAUACAGAACAAAUUCAGUAUUUUUGUAUUGUAUUAGUUGGCGCAUACAUGCAUGAGACUUGUGAAUCAUAAUGGUGAAAUUGCGAACUAUGCUUAUUUGCAGAACUUGGACAUGCUUUUUGAUCACUUUAUCAUUAUUUUUUGUCUAAAUAAUUUUAAACCGUCUUGUGUUUUCCAUCCAAAAACA